UUGGACCCAUUACACAAUAAUAAAACUAUGUCUUUGGCAAAGCGGAGCCAAAACCUAGAUCUGCUGCAGGAAGCUAGUGAUACACGCAAAACGGGGUAAAACAUUAAUAAAGACAAAAGACCCAAGAAGUGAGGACUGCAGAGCAAUCUCAGAAGGACACUGUCGUGGCAGGACGGGCUCUGUGCUCUGCUGCGUGACAGCGAUCUGCGGCAAAACAUCUGCAAAACUGUGCAGGAUUCCAGUGCCUGUCGAGAUCUCGCUGAAGAGAUCAGCCUGGGCUGUGCCAUGAUCUCUGCUGUCCUCCUCCUCUGGACCAUGCCCUGCGUGGCAAACCACAUCCUCGGGGGCUUUGCCAAGGCAGCGCUGCAGGAGGGUCCCCAGCUGGCAUGCAGCCUGCCAGGCCCCCCCGGGCCUCCCGGGCCUCCCGGUGCUCCUGGUGCUCCAGGGACGGUUGGCAGGAUGGGCUUCCCAGGGAAAGACGGCAAGGAUGGCAAGGACGGGGACAAAGGCGAGCACGGUGAUGAAGGUCCACAGGGCAGAACAGGAAACCCAGGCAAGCCAGGACCAAAGGGGAAAGCGGGAGCUAUCGGUAAGGCAGGCCCACGAGGACCAAAGGGUUUAAAAGGCAAUCCUGGAAAGAAAGGAGCACCAGGAAAGAAAGGACCCAAAGGGAACAAGGGUGAGACUGGCAUGCCAGGACCCUGCACCUGUAAUGCCAACAAAGCCAAAUCUGCCUUUUCUGUGGCUGUCUCCAAAAGCUACCCAAGGGAAAGGCUGCCCAUCAAAUUUGACAGGAUCCUUAUGAAUGAAGGAGGACAUUACAACGCUUCCAGUGGGAAAUUUAUAUGCAGCAUCCCAGGUAUUUACUACUUCACUUAUGAUAUCACCUUGGCCAACAAACAUUUGGCCAUUGGCUUGGUCCACAAUGGGCAGUACCGGAUCAAGACCUUUGAUGCCAACACUGGGAACCACGAUGUUGCCUCUGGAUCAACCAUCCUUUCUCUGAAGCGUGAGGAUGAAGUAUGGCUGCAGAUCUUUUACUCUGAACAAAACGGGCUCUUUUAUGACCCCUACUGGACAGACAGUUUGUUCACCGGCUUCCUGAUCUAUCCUGAUCAAGAUUGUCUCAAUGAAAUAUAGAGCAAAAAACAAACCCAUACAAAAAUAAAAUAUAAAUAAAAUAAAAUAAAAUAAAAUAAAAUAAAAUAAAAUAAAAUAAAAUAAAAUAAAAUAAAAUAAAAUAAAAUAAAAUAAAAUAAAAUAAUAAACCCCAAAAAUAGGAAAUGGAUGUGACCUCAGUCCAGCAAAGUGUAGCCUGUACAUGGACAUGUGUGGAGUUAUACCAUUCCACAUUUUUCGCACUAACAGCCUGCAUUGGCUCCUUAGAUAUUUACUUGAUGUCACCAACUAGUCCAUAGGGUGUGCCAGGAUUAGUAGGAACAACCUUUAAGUAACCUCAUGAGUCUCUAAGCCUUGAAGCUACCUGUUAUGUUUUCCCACCACCAUCCAACUGUGCCAUGGACAUGUAACUCAAGUACUGGUGCAGAACGUUUUCAUUAUUGUAUUAUUAUAAAGUGUGAGGAUCAAAAAUCAUUUCCUGAAAUCUGAGCUCCUAAGUGCAAUUGAUGUUGGAGAUUGUAUCAGUGCCUCUCUGCCACCCACGUCUAAUAAUAAUAAUAAUAAUAAUAAUGAUAAUAAUAAUACUUGUUACAUUUUACCAGCUUCCUAAAAGUCAGGAAGUUACCAGCUACUGUUACAAAAGUGCCAGUAACUCUCAGCCUCAUCAAAGCAGAACUAAUAAGCAAAGGCAUCCGUUCUAAACAGGACAUGCCACAAAGGAGAGAGCUAAAGGCUGAAGGUAAAACUCCUGGUAAGAUAUACCUUGUUACAUCAAGCACUGCUGGCAUUGCUCAGAUUUCAGCUGCUCGUACUGGUGCUGGGGUCCUGUGCUGGCUUUCAGGCAAGCACUGAUAAGAUAUGACCAGAGACAGACUUUGGUUGUGCAAGCCAAAUUCUUGCCAGCCUCCUACCCUUGGCAGAGAGGGAACUUUGCAGAUAGGACUGAAUUUUCUGAGACAGCAUGAACCUUCACUACAGAAACAGCUUCAUUAACACGCCCAUUUCUUGAUUCUUGCCAGUUUUUCCUUCAUCCCUGCCAGCGUCUGCUGGAAGGAGAUACUUGUGGUGCUGCUGAGAUCCUCCUCAAGGGCUUAAGGCUACACACAGACUCUGGUCUUACCAAUAUGCUUUGUUUUUUUUGUUUUGUUUUGUAUGUCAGUAUUACAGAUACUCUAAAAUCAAUGUCUUGGUGCUAAAUGGUAUUUAAAAAAUAAGGGGCAGAAAAGUCAAAAGCUGAGCUUUUUGCUUUUGCUAUGUUGAGCUUUGUCUUUCUUUCCAACCCAAACAUCGGCUAAUACAGGGAUGUGCUCCAAAAGGAUUUGCUAUUACCAUAGCAAGAAGAGCUCUCCUGCUAUCAAGCUGCCCAGUUGGCUGCCUUGCCCCAGGAUGUCAAACCCACCCUGUAACAGAGGGCUAUCUCAGCAGCCAGAUGGAAGGAGUCUUCCUCACUAUCAGAUGCAUCUUCUUGGUUUCCACAUUCAUAUUUCUUGGCUCCUUUAUCACUUCACUAAACCUCAUAUGAAUUUCCAGCUCCCCUAAUCUUCAUAUUCAGGAACUGAAGGAGUAGUCCAUAAGAACAAGUUAAGAUAUUUUUAAAAAAAUCUUACUUUUACAAAUUAAAAUAGUUGCAUGAUAUUGAUGAACUACAGUAAUUGUGUUAUGUCUUACAAAAAUAAUUUCAAAUACAUUUUAUGAAAAUAAAGCUGUACAAAAAUACUGGAAUACCCUUGAUACUAAUAAAGCAGUGUUCUAGAAGUUAUUUCAGAACUGCUACAGAUUCCAUAGACACUUUUAGUUUUAGUGAUGGUUGACACCAGGGCCAGGUGUCAACAGAGUAUCUCCUCUCUCCAAAGGGCUCUCUAUCCAAGACUAUCUGCAAGGUGGAAGAAAAGGAUCUGUCCAUUCCCUUGAAGCUGCUCACCUUUCUGGCAGGUGUCCUUUCCCUGGCAGUGGCUGCUCAUUUAGGAAGACUCUCAUUUAGGAUGUCCUGGGGUGCAUUUUGUAGACAGCUUCCUGAAGGCAGCAGCAGUUCAAGCACUGCCUUUCUCUCCCAGCACCCAUCCCUGCACUCCCACCUUCACAGCCUGGGAGCACAGCUGGGGCCAGGACAGCU